AUGGCCGCCACCACAGGGGAGGAAAACACACCAACAGAUGAAUGUUUGGAAGGAUUUUCAGCACAAAAUAUAAUGAAAGGUGAUUUUCUUGGCAGGUUAGUGAUUAUUGAGGACAUGGUAAAGAAUUAUGAAGAAACCGUAAUUAAAUUAGAACAAGAAAAUGAAGAUCUCAAGAUCGACUUUUGUAAUUUGAAAGGAAGUGUUUUGCAGAAAGUUAAGGAAAUUACCAGCAUGACUGAUAAGGUUAAGAGACAGGAGGCACAAAUCAAAGAACCAGUCAAAGAUAAUGAGGCAUGGAAAGUGAAGAGUGGUGAAUUUGAAGAAAACAUUAAGAAAAUAGACUCAUAUGGUGAACAAAUCCAAGGAACCCUGAGGGCUCACGCAGAGGAUACUAACCCCAUGUAUGGUUUACAGGAGGAGGCUAUUAACUCCAUGUAUGGUUUACAGGAGGAUACUAACCCCAUGUAUGGUUUACAGGAGGAGGAUAUUAACUCCAUGUAUGGUUUACAGGAGGCUAUUAACUCCAUGUAUGGUUUACAGGAGGCUACUAACCCCAUGUAUGGUUUACAGGAGGAGGAUAUUAACUCCAUGUAUGGUUUACAGGAGGAGGCUAUUAACUCCAUGUAUGGUUUACAGGAGGAUACUAACCCCAUGUAUGGUUUACAGGAGGAGGAUAUUAACUCCAUGUAUGGUUUACAGGAGGAGGAUACUAACCCCAUGUAUGGUUUACAGGAGGAGGAUACUAACCCCAUGUAUGGUUUACAGGAGGAGGAUAUUAACCCCAUGUAUGGUUUACAGGAGGAGGACAUUAACUCCAUGUAUGGUUUACAGGAGGAGGACAUUAACUCCAUGCAUGGUUUACAGGAUACUAACCCCAUGUAUGGUUUACAGGAGGAGGAUAUUAACUCCAUGUAUGGUUUACAGGAGGAGGAUAUUAACUCCAUGUAUGGUUUACAGGAGGAGGACAUUAACUCCAUGUAUGGUUUACAGGAGGAGGACAUUAACUCCAUGUAUGGUUUACAGGAGGAUAUUAACCCCAUGCAUGGUUUACAGGAGGAGGAUACUAACCCCAUGUAUGGUUUACAGGAGGAGGAUAUUAACUCCAUGUAUGGCUUACAGGAGGAGGAUAUUAACUCCAUGUUAGUGAUUAUUGACGACCUAGUAAAGGAUUAUGAAGAAAAGGUAAUUAGAUUAGAGCAAGAAAAUGAAGGUCUCAAGAUUGUGUUUCGUAAUUUAAGGAGCAGUAUUUUCCAGCAAGAUAAGGAAAUUACCAGCAUGACUGAUAAGGUUAAGAGACAGGAGUCACAAAUCAAGGAACCAGUGAAAGACAACGAGGCAUGGAAAGUGAAGAGUGAAGCUAAGAGUGAAGAAGUUAGCUUAGAAGCAAAGAAUGAAGAAGUUAUCUUAGAAGCUAAGAAAGCUAAGAGUGAAGAAGUUAUCUUAGAAGCUAAGAGUGAAGAAGUUAUCUUAGAAGCUAAGAAUGAAGAAGUUAUCUUAGAAGCUAAGAAUGAAGAAGUUAUCUUAGAAGCUGAAGAUGGCCGUCCGGAUGAGGAGGUUGAAGAUCCGGAUGAGGAGGUUGAAGAUCCGGAUGAGGAGGUUGAAGAUCCGGAUGAGGAGGUUGAACGUCCGGAUGAGGAGGUUGAAGAUCCGGAUGAGGAGGUUGAAGAUCCGGAUGAGGAGGUUGAAGAUCCGGAUGAGGAGGUUGAAGAUCCGGAUGAGGAGGUUGAAGGUCCGGAUGAGGUUGAAGAUCCGGAUGAGGAGGUUGAAGAUCCGGAUGAGGAGGUUGAAGGUCCGGAUGAGGAGGUUGAAGAUCCGGAUGAGGAGGUUGAAGAUCCGGAUGAGGAGGUUGAAGAUCAGGAUGAGGAGGUUGAAGAUCCGGAUGAGGAGGUUGAAGAUCCGGAUGAGGAGGUUCAAGGUCCGGAUGAGGAGGUUCAAGGUCCGGAUGAGGAGGUUGAAGAUCCGGAUGAGGAGGUUGAAGGUCCGGAUGAUGUUGAAGAUCCGGAUGAGGAGGUUGAAGAUCCGGAUGAGGAGGUUGAAGAUCCGGAUGAGGAGGUUGAAGAUCCGGAUGAGGAGGUUCAAGGUCCGGAUGAGGAGGUUGAAGAUCCGGAUGAGGAGGUUGAAGAUCCGGAUGAGGAGGUUGAAGGUCCGGAUGAGGUUGAAGAUCCGGAUGAGGAGGUUGAAGAUCCGGAUGAGGAGGUUGAAGAUCCGGAUGAGGAGGUUGAAGAUCCGGAUGAGGAGGUUGAAGAUCCGGAUGAGGAGGUUCAAGGUCCGGAUGAGGAGGUUGAAGAUCCGGAUGAGGAGGUUGAAGAUCCGGAUGAGGAGGUUGAAGAUCCGGAUGAGGAGGUUGAAGAUCCGGAUGAGGAGGUUGAAGAUCCGGAUGAGGAGGUUGAAGAUCCGGAUGAGGAGGUUCAAGGUCCGGAUGAGGAGGUUGAAGAUCCGGAUGAGGAGGUUGAAGAUCUGGAUGAGGAGGUUGAAGGUCCGGAUGAGGUUGAAGGUCCGGAUGAGGAGGUUGAAGAUCCGGAUGAGGAGGUUGAAGAUCCGGAUGAGGAGGUUGAAGGUCCGGAUGAGGUUGAAGAUCCGGAUGAGGAGGUUGAAGAUCCGGAUGAGGAGGUUGAAGAUCCGGAUGAGGAGGUUGAAGAUCCGGAUGAGGAGGUUGAAGAUCCGGAUGAGGAGGUUGAAGAUCCGGAUGAGGAGGUUGAAGAUCCGGAUGAGGAGGUUCAAGGUCCGGAUGAGGAGGUUGAAGAUCCGGAUGAGGAGGUUGAAGAUCCGGAUGAGGAGGUUGAAGAUCCGGAUGAAGAGGUUGAAGAUCCGGAUGAAGAGGUUGAAGAUCCGGAUGAAGAGGUUGAAGAUCCGGAUGAGGAGGUUGAAGAUCCGGAUGAGGAGGUUCAAGGUCCGGAUGAGGAGGUUGAAGAUCCGGAUGAAGAGGUUGAAGAUCCGGAUGAGGAGGUUGAAGAUCCGGAUGAGGAGGUUCAAGGUCCGGAUGAGGAGGUUGGGAGCGUGAAGGACACAAUGUAUGAACUCCGGCCCUGA